UCAGCGCGUGCCCAAGAAAAGUCUUCAGGAACUUCACCCCAAAAAACUUCAGAAAUAAUUAAUUAAAACUACCAAACAAAAUGGUAGUAAUUUAAGGAAUCAAAGCAGAACAACAGCGGAGAAUGGAAGACUCAUUUGGACUUUUACACGGAAUUCUGUUUGGAUUUCUCUGGAGUUUUGUGUUGCACCUGAUUUCCAUGAGCUGAAAUUCAAGAUGUCGUCGACUCUUUUCUCCGACUCUGAAAAUGAGGAAGAGCACUGCAGCCAGUCACAGGCCGAGGAUCAGCCACAUGACCCCCAGACAGAGACAAUCACAGACCAGCAUUCCCCUGAACCUGAACCAAUCACAGCAGAGCAUUUACCAGCGCCACAGCCAAUCAGAGCAGACGCCUCGCAGUCACAUUCAGAGGCAAUCAGCUGUGAGCCCUCCCCUGAACCAGCCGACCAAUGGGACAAAACCACGCCUCCAGGACAGGUUUCUGGAUGUGUCCGAGUUCUAUUUAAGAGUAAGUCUAGACCUGAGUCCAGGUCUAGACCAGGAUCUGACCCAGUCUCACCUGCACACUGCCCUGUGGCCUCUCCUGAAUCCACCUGCUCCUCCUACAAAUCGAGAACCUCGCUCGCCAUCACAGAGAGCCGGCGCAGCAGUCUGGCAAAUGUGGUGCACUCCCUCAAGCAAAAGAGACUGGAGGAGCUGCAGCGCCACCACCUGGACAACAGUCAUAGAGAUGUGUCCUCUCUGGUCUCCCAGCUCGUGUCCCUGAGAGGACAGUUGGCCAUGUCUCAGGAGGAGCAGAAGAGAAUGGCCGCCGCUCAGAGACAGAAGCAGAGACAGAGUCUGGAGUUAGCACGAAUCCAACAAAUACAGAUAGCUCGACAGCAGCAGCAGCUUCUGCAACAACAGCACAAGAUCAGCCUCCUGCAGCAACACAUACAGGCGCAGGGUCAUAUUACUCCUCUCAUGAUGUUUCCUCCAGAACAGCGCCCCCUACAGCCGCCAGCCCUGCUGUCACCUUAUAGUGGUGAGUUUUUCCCGCUGCAGUUGGCUCCACACCAAGUACAGAACAACAUGAUGACCACCAGAAUUUCAAAGUCUGCAACAAACUUCACUUUUCAGCAGUGGUACUCAGCUCAGGUUUCGGGUCUUCAGAUCUGUCCAGGGUCCAGGCUGAACCAAGUGUCACCCCCUGCUGCUAUGAAGAGGGAGGACAGUCCAUAUCUGAAGGAAGAGCAGUGUGAGCCUCUGAACCUCUCAUCUCCAAAUAAAACUCAGGACUAUUCUAGAACACAACCAGGUCUGAGCCGAUCCAAACCUAGUUCAGACCGGAUCCAGCACCACCACAGAGAUCUUAUCUUCAGUAUGAACUCUUCUGGACUCCAAGAUUACAAAGUCCAGACUCAAAGAGACCAGACCAGACCCAAGGACCUACAAAAUCCAGUUCAAAUCCACCAAGAACCAGUCUACACAGGGUCCCACAGUCUAGAGACCAUACUGCCCUCUCUGAGCCACAUCAGCCUGCACAACGGGGACAAGGAGAAGCAUCACUUCGAGGCCCUGAGUCAGAUCAAAGUGAGACCGGACUCAAAACUGGUCCACAGAGUCCUGGACUUGACCAGACCUGAGGACAUGGAGGAUGCUCCUCUAAGCUCAGGCCGAGUGUUCCGCAGCAGCAGAAGCAGAACCUCGUCAGAACCUCACAUCAAACGGCCCAUGAACGCCUUCAUGGUCUGGGCCAAAGACGAGAGACGGAGGAUCCUAAGCUGUUUUCCUGACAUGCACAACUCCAGCAUCUCCAAGAUCCUGGGUUCUCGGUGGAAGGCCAUGUCCCAUCAGGAGAAGGCCCCGUUCUACGCGGAGCAAGCGCGGCUUUCCAAGGUCCACCUGGAGAAGUACCCAAACUACAAGUACAAGCCCCGGCCCAAACGCACCUGCUUCCUGGAAGGGCGGAGACUGCGCAUCAGCGAAUACAAACAACUUCUCCGAAUCAGACGGCAAGAGAGGCGGGACUACUGCGUGGGGCCCCUCCCUCACCUGUCUUUGGGGAACAACGCUAACGUUAGCCAGGUUAGCAGCAGCAGCGAUGACAACUUUUACCCUAGAACUGUCACCAUAGCAACCACUCAAACAACCACAACCUCGCCAAACUGUUCGAGUGAAGCACUGAAUCACGAAAUUUCACCAAAACUUCAUCAACAUAUGCACCAAGCCACGACAGAUGAGAAAAAGAUGCAGGGGGAUUGUCCAAUUAACGAGGCUAAUGAGGAUAAUGUAGCUGAAGCGGAGAUGGACGUCUGUGAAGGAUCUGAAAAUAAAGAGCACAAAUCUAACACCUGUAGCGACCAGGAAUCAAACUGAGCAUGCCCAGAACUACAGGAAGUGGUGCUAUAAACUACAAGAUUUCGUUCAAACUCGACACCCGACCCUGACCUCCUCCUUCAGCACUUUUAAAUUAAUGAAUUGUUUUUAAAAUGUUUUGUGUUUGCCUCAGAUGUGACUAGGCCUGUCACGAUAAAUUGAUAGCCUACAUUCUCUCGGGGUGUGAUUCUAACUGUAGGCACUGCUCUGUCUCUGUUAGACUUUAAUCUGAGUUUACAAUCUGACCAUACAGAGCUGAUUUAGCUGGAUCAGGUGAGAUAAUUUCUGCUGUUAAACAACUUUUUCACACAUAAAAUUAUAGUCACAAGCUAGCUAGAAUUAGCCAACAGUUAUUUAAUAAGUCUCUCAUCUUUUAGUUGAAAAUCAAACAUCUAAACAAUAUCAUGAACGCUCUUAUUGAUCACGGGCUCCUGAAAAUGUGCUGUUUAAAUCUAGUUUUUACUAAUGUGUAUAUUGUGUCACCAUGGUAAUUGCAGAACAUUAUGUCAGUAGAGAUACACGUAGAACACCCCCAGCAUGAUGUCACUGAAAAGUAUAAAUACUAUAGAUACUUAUCAUUCUUAGAGCUGUUAUUGCUUUAUCUGGAAUAUUCUACAGUGAAGCACAAAAUUAAUCCACCUCCAUGAAGAUAAGCAAAAACUAAACUAGGGGAAGAUACAGGUCAGAUCUAUGGAGAGGUGUCAAAAAAGUGUCAAAGAAUGACACUUUUUCAUGGUAUUUUUAAUCAGUAAAACAUCUGUAAUGGGAUAAAUGUAAAACAGUAAAUAAGUUUACUGUGGAACAUUCCAGGCAAGCAAUCACAUCACCAUGAAGACAAGCGGGUCUACCAGAAAAGUUACACAGUGCACCUUUAAGUGUUUCAUUCUGCUAUGUAUUUUUGUGCAGCUAAUAUUUUUAAACAUAUUAUACAUUUUACUAUAGUUUCACUUUUAUCAUUUAUCAUCUUUAUUUACUUCAGCAAUAUAUCACACUUCAAAAUGUGUUAUUGUGACGGGCCUAGGUGUGACAGUGGAGUUGAAUGACUCUUUAAAGCCACAUUCAGGACUUUUUCACCAAAGACUUUUACAACAUUGCAGAAGAUUCUCCAGAUGAAGCUCUGUUUGGAGUUUAUUUCUACUCUUUAAAUGUUCUGAUUUUCUGAUCAGUGUUAUUAUAACGUUGUUUCCUCAUCACAAACUUACCUGGAUUUGUGUUUUGUUUCAUUCACACAUGUUUAAAAUACAAACCCUGUAUAUUUAGACUGAGUUCUUUUCUCACUAAUAUUAAAAGGUUAUUUAAACAUGUGAGUGAAACAAAGCACAACUAGCACUAGUGUCAAUUUUGUGUAAUAUAGAACCUUUAAAUGUUGCUUGAACCAUUGCAGUUAAAUAUUAAAUUAUUUAUGUUUCGGCAUAUCUCGGCAUGAUCUGAGCAUGUUCCAAACUGGUCCCUAGAAUGGCGAUUGGUUUUCUCAGACUUUUCUGUUUGUUUGUUGUUGUGAAAUUUAAAAUGUGAAAUAUUUAUCAUAUUUAAUGUUCUUCAUCUCGUUAGCCUGAUGUCUGACAUUUCUCUUAACGAUGUUUUAUGAUUUUCUUGAGAUUAAACAAAGAUCAGCUGUUUCA